CGGAGCCCGGGCUGUGUGGGGGCCUUGUCGGGGCCAUGUCGCGACACAGGCGGGUCCCGCGCCGGCAGCCCGGCGGGGCCGCGGGGGGCUCAAUUGCCGCCGCCGCGGUGCGUGCCCGGGCCGAGGCCCUGUGGGAGGUCGGCGUGGACGAGGAGGUGGAAAUGGCGGUGCAGCUCGCCCUGGAGCGGUUCCGAAGCGGGGACGAGGCGGAGAUGGAAUUUCCUUCUAGUUUCACUAGUAGUGAAAGAGCAUUUGUUCACCGGCUCUGUCAGUCUCUUGGAUUGGUAUCUAAAAGCAAAGGAAAAGGAGCCAAUCGAUACCUGACUGUAAGGAAGAAGGAUGUAUCAGAGGGACAUGCAGUCAUGACUUGUGACUUGGCUCUCCGUACGAGGCACGCUGUUCGGAGUCUAAUUCAGAGCUUUCCUGUCACAAAUAAGGAACGCACAGAACUCCUGCCAAGGACAAAGAGAGGACAUGCCUGUGCUGUUGAAUCUGAAAACAAAGAAGUAAACAAGACAAGUGGUCGACUUAAUGAUGGUAUCCCCCAGGUCCCAGUGAAAAGAGGGGAAUCAGAGUUUGAUUCCUUCAGGCAGUCACUACCAGUUCUUGAAAAACAGGAAGAAAUUGUCCAAAUAAUAAAGGACAAUAAAAUUGUUUUGAUUAUAGGAGAGACUGGAUCAGGAAAAACUACACAAAUCCCUCAAUUUAUCCUUGAUGACUGCUACAAGAAUGGAACUCCCUGUCGUGUGUUUUGUACUCAGCCGAGACGUUUAGCGGCUGUUGCUGUGGCUGAAAGAGUGGCAGCAGAAAGAAGAGAGAAGAUUGGCCAGACAAUUGGUUACCAGAUCCGGUUAGAAAGCAGGGUUUCUCCGAAGACACUGGUGACAUUCUGCACUAAUGACAUGCUCCUUCACACGCUGAUGGCAGGAGACAGCACCCUCUCCACCGUGACCCAUGUUAUUGUGGAUGAAGUACAUGAGAGGGAUAGGUUCAGUGACUUCUUGCUAAUAAAACUGAGAGAUGUGCUGCAAAACCAGAAUAAUUUAAAACUAAUUAUUUCUAGUGCUGCUCUAGAUGCAAAUCUCUUUAUUAGGUAUUUUGGAAGCUGCCCAGUAAUACAUAUCCAAGGGAGACCUUUUGAAGUUAAAGAGAUGUUUCUGGAGGACAUUUUACGAAGCACUGGGUAUACAAACAAAGAGAUGGUGAAGUAUAAAAAAGAGAAGGAGCAAGAAGAGAAACAGAAGAACACUCUCGCUGAGUGGUGUUCAGCUCAAGAAAACACUAACAAACUGACAUCUCGGAGACAAAAAUCGGUUCCAAGAGCAAAUGAGGAGUACAAAUGGUUGGAUGAGGGUGGUGACACAGUAUUUAAUCAACUGACUGAAAAAGAUGUGAAUUGCCUUGAACCAUGGAUAGUAAAAGAAAUGGAUUCCUGUCUUUCUGACAUCUGGUUGCAGAAAGAUAUUGAUGCGUUUGCUCAGGUGUUAAAUCUCAUUUUAACUGAAAAUGUCAGUGUUGAUUAUAGGCACAGUGAAACUGGUGCAACUGCUCUGAUGAUUUCUUCAGGGAGAGGCUUUUUGAGUCAUGUAGAACAGUUGAUCAGUAUGGGAGCAAGUAUCCACUGCAAAUCAUCUAAUGGCUGGAUGGCUGUGGACUGGGCUAGGCGCUUUGGACAGACAGAGGUUGUUGAUCUGUUGGAAUCCUACAGUGCUUCCUUUGGAUUUGGAAAUCUGGAUGAAAGUUCCCUGGUCCAAAAAAGUGGUAGUGACCUUAGUACAGAGGACAGAGAACUACUGACAGCUUAUCAUCACAGUUUUGAUGAUGAAAAAGUGGAUCUGGAUCUGAUAAUGCACUUACUUCACAGCAUCUGUCAUAGUUGUGAUGCAGGAGCAAUUUUAAUAUUUCUUCCUGGGUAUGAUGAGAUAGUGAGCCUGAGGGACCGCAUUCUUUUUGAUGACAAGAGAUUUGCUGAUAAUGCUCACAGAUACCAAGUUUUCAUGCUUCAUUCAAAUGUGCAGACUUUGGAUCAGAAGAAAGUGCUUGAAACUCCACCUUCUGGCAUUCGCAAAAUUAUUCUUUCUACUAAUAUUGCAGAAACCAGCAUAACAGUCAAUGAUGUUGUGUUUGUCAUUGAUUCAGGCAAGGUGAAAGAGAAGUCUUUUGAUGCACUGAGUCGUGUUACAAUGCUAAAAAUGGGGUGGAUUUCAAAAGCCAGUGCUAUCCAGAGAAAAGGCAGGGCUGGGCGCUGUCAGCCUGGAGUCUGUUUUCGUCUCUUCAGCAGGCUUCGAUUUCAGAACAUGUUGGAAUUUCAGUCUCCAGAACUUCUAAGAAUGCCACUUCAGGAGAUUUGUUUAUACACAAAACUUCUGGCUCCAAUUAAUUGUCCAGUUGUAGACUUUCUUAUGAAAGCUCCUGAUCCUCCACCUGCUGUAACUGUGAGAAAUGGCGUGCAUAUGCUUAAGACCAUAGAUGCCAUGGACCCUUGGGAAGAUUUAACUGAGCUUGGUUAUCACCUCACUGAAUUACCUGUAGAGCCACACCUUGGUAAAAUGGUGUUGUAUGCUGUAGUUCUGAAGUGCCUGGAUCCUGUUCUGACCAUUGCCUGUGCUCUUGCCUGCCAAGACCCUUUUGUGCUGCCCACGCUGGCCUCCCAAAAGCGUGCAGCCAUGCUGUGCAGGAAGCGUUUUGCUGCCGGGACGUUCAGUGACCACAUGGCCCUGCUCAGGGCUUUCCAGGCAUGGCAGAAGGCACGCAGUGAUGGCUGGGAGAGAGCCUUCUGUGAAAAGAACUUCCUAUCCCAAGCCACAAUGGAAAUCAUUGUAGGAAUGAGAACACAGUUGCUUGGCCAGCUUAGAGCCUCAGGUUUUGUGAGAGCCAGAGGAGGAGCUGAUAUUAGAGAUGUUAAUACAAACUCUGAGAACUGGGCUGUAAUUAAAGCUGCCUUAGUGGCCGGGAUGUAUCCCAAUCUUGUGCAUGUAGACAGAGAAAGCCUGGUGUUGACUGAACCAAAGGAGAAGAAAGUGCUAUUUCAUCCUACCUCUGUUCUUGGUCAGUCUCAGUAUAAAAAGAUUGCCCCAGCAAAUGGACAAGCUGCAGCCAUCCAGGCCCUCCCUACAGACUGGCUUAUAUAUGAUGAAAUGACGAGAGCUCACAAGACAGCAAACAUCAGGUGCUGCUCUGUUGUGACACCUGUCACCGUGUCCCUCUUCUGUGGACCAGCCAGACUGCCAAGUAAUGCCUUGCAGGCAUCUUCAUCCUUUCGAGGGGGAGGGGUAUCUAAUGACAGCAGUGACAGUGAGAUGGAGGACAAAACAACUGCUAAUCUGGCACUGCUGAAGCUGGAUGAAUGGCUCCAUCUCAAACUGGACCCUGAAGCUGCCAGUAUGCUGUUGCAACUCAGGCAGAAAUGGCACAGUUUGUUCCUGCGUCGUAUGCGAGCUCCUUCUAAACCAUGGUCUCAGGUUGAUGAAACAACUGUAAGAGCAAUUACAGCUGUUCUGAGUGCUGAAGAACAGUCUGCAGGCCUGCAGCAGCCUUCAGGAAUCGGCCAGAGACCAAGACCUGUAACUUGUGAAGAACUUCCUUUGGCAUCCACAUGGAAGUCAACCAACAGCAGAAAAAGCUCAACAGAAACUGAAUUGUCUGACUCCUCUAAUGCUGAAAAGGUUUCAGUGAAAUCUACAUCUCCUGCACUCCACCAGCCAAAGAAGUACAAAGAAAAAGACAUUUUGCUCUCCAAACGAGCCUCAGAUGACAGAUCAGCUCAGUCCUCAGUGAAGCCUGCAGACAGCAGUAGCUAUUCCAGCCCCUGUGCUAGUGCUUCUUCUCCAGUGUCUGGAAAGGGUUGCAAAUCUCCUUCACCAAGACAAAAUAUGCCAGUUCGGUACUUUAUAAUGAAAAGUAGCAACUUGCAAAACAUUGAUAUUUCUCAACAGAAGGGAAUAUGGUCCACUACACCAAGUAAUGAACGGAAACUGAAUGGAGCCUUUUGGGAGAGCAGCGUGGUUUACUUAAUAUUUUCUGUUCAAGGGUCUGGAUGCUUUCAGGGUUUUGCUAGGAUGGGUUCAGCAAUUGGAUGUGAGAAAAGUCAAGACUGGGGAUCUGCUGGUUUUGGAGGUGUAUUUAAGGUGGACUGGAUCCGAAAAGAAAGCAUUCCUUUUCAGUUUGCACACCAUUUGCUCAACCCAUGGAAUGACAGUAAGAAAGUGCAGAUAAGUAGAGAUGGCCAGGAGCUGGAACCACAAGUUGGAGAGCAGUUGCUGCAGCUUUGGGACCGUAUUCCUUUGGCAGGAAAAAAACUGACUGAGCAUGCCAAGUAAUGUGACAGAGCUGGUUUAGGGUGUUGAAACAUCAGCCAUGAGAACCAGCAGCAUAUCUACAAUAAAGAUAAGGAAGAAGGUGACGCAACAACCUCUUGACAUUCUUCCUCAUGCUGGGCAGCUAGAAGUGGAAAAAUAAGAGGGAAUUGUGUUGUAUUCAGUGUUUACUUGCCUGCCUAUUUUUUGACUGAGCUGGUUUUUUUACAGUAGUGUGCAGUUGAUACUUUAAAAUACAGUUAAGUUGAAAACAAAGUUUGAAACAAUGGACCUCCUGUAAGUUGUCUGUGGGUUUAAAAUACCAUAACAGACAGUUUAAGUAUGCAGUUUACAGUUAAAGCUUUCUCAACCCAGUAAAAGGUAUGAGAAUGUAAAUGUUAAUUAAUCAGUCUUGCAGUUCAGUUUAAAAAAAUACUAACUCCAAAUAUGCUGAAAGGCUCCUUAAGUGUACUUCCACAUCCACAGUGCGAGAGAGCAGAAUAUGUUCAUACAUAUAACUAAGCAGCUGGAAAUGUUAAUUUUUAAUUUAUUUAAAGGUAAUUAUUUUUAAUUCAUUUAAAUUUAUUUUAUUUUGGUUUUGUUUGUAUUUAAUUAUUUAUUAUUGAAUUUAAUUAUUUUAAAUUAAUUUAAUUUAAAUAGAAAAGAAGGAGCAUGAGACUUUUGAGAUUGGGUGCAUCUGCUGAUGUUUCCAGUUUCAGUUAUUUUUAACUUUUAAGAUGUGACUCACACCUUGUGAAGCUGAAACAGUCUUUCAGAGGCCUGUGGCCAGGUGGUACUUCAAUAGUUGACUAAUUUAGGCAGUUUUAGAAGAUUUGUUUUUUCUUUAAAAAACAAUA